AUGAUUGUGCACAUGUACCAACCCCUCCUCCUUCUGUUGUUAAAGAAUAUUUGCAUCAACACAGAAAUUGGGACUAAAUCAGUUGGAGGGCCCAAAAUGAGGAGGAACCUCCAGGCCAGCAAGAACCCUUGCGUCAAAACGGAGGGUGUAGUAGUGGUCAGGGGAAAGAGAAAGGAAACGCGAAAAAAAGGUCCCACCCUCUUAUUCGUAAGUAGCACCAGCGGGGAAAAAAAAAGAAUACUUAAGAAAGUCAAAAAGGAAUGUGGAAGAGGGGGAAUCAAGAGGGAGAGGAUGCUGGUUGGCGUCCAUCGGCCAAAAGGAAGCGACACGAAGAACGUGAAGGUGCAGAAUAUACCCAGCGGAGUCCCCCUUUUUGUAAUAAAAAACUUCCACCUCAGGUGGAAACGAAUUAAUGUGAGCAAAAAUGAGUUGCAACUGAAAUACUGCUUCCUCAUUGGACAGGAAUUCUGCUUCAGCGAGGUCAGCAGGGAUACUUACAUCGGGUUGGUGAAUAAUAAAAUUUACCUUUUUAAGGAGACGGAGGAGGGGGCCUUCUACCAGUGCGUUUACGAUGGGGGGGGUGGGAGCGACGGGAGCGAAGGGAGCAGAGGUGGACACUUCGACGGACACACGGAUGAUGACUACUACCAAGACGUGAGCGACUUCUUCAAUUUGGAAUUCCCGUUAAGUAAACACGUCGAAAUGUGGCGGAAAAAAGACAAAAGGAUGAACGAAAUUACAGACAAAAUUAGGGGGUUGAGAAUAUUAAGGGCCAACUCAGUGGAAUCCUUUUUCUCCUUCCUUUGUUCUACUAAUAAUAACAUCCCCAGGAUAACGCUAAUGAUAGACUGCCUGAGGAGGAGGUACGGCAGGUUCCUCGCCACGGUCAUGUUUCACGGGCAGGAUGUGCUGGUCAAAGUGAGGGAAGACGGGGACGCAGGAGGAAUGGCCUUUAACACGAAUCAACAGCGCGUUGGUGUGAAGAAGGACCAACAGGGCGUUCGCCUGAAGGCGGGUGAGGCACAACCAGUGCGAGUGAAAGGGGAGCCCCCCCGAAAUGGUGAGCCGCAACUGCCCGUCCGCGUGAAGGAGGAGUACCCCCAAAAUGGUGAGGCGGUGAAAGAGUACCCACAAAAUGGGGCCACAGUGAAGGAGCAAAAUAGAGACGACGGACACGAUGCACCCGCUGGAGGCCCCGCGGGCGGGGGGAACAGAAUCUUCUACGAGCACCUGAAGACGGUGAUCAAGGAGGAGCGGCAGAGGAAGGUCUUCCCCUUCUACGAAUUCCCAAGCGUAGAAAACCUAUCCAAGUUAAAAGAGGAAGAUUUGAGAAGCCUAGGGUUCGGGUAUAGAAGUAGCUACGUUAUAGAGAGCGCCAAAAUGUUAGUGAAACGCGGAAGUGAACAAUGGAUUGAGGAUCUUAAAAAAGAGAAAAAGACCAAAAAUUGCAUAGACCAAUUAGUACUCUUCCCAGGAAUAGGGCUCAAAGUGGCCAAUUGCAUUUGCCUCUUCGGCUUGAAUAAAUUCGAUUGCAUUCCCAUAGACACCCACAUAUAUGACAUCAUCUACAAGUACUACCAGGACAUUGUGCAGUCCGAGUGCGCCCCCGUUCGCGGUCGCACUGCGGUGAGAGCGGUGGAAGCGGUGAGAGCGGCGGACGUGGCGGACGCGGCGAAUGUGGCUGACGCGGCGAAUGUGGCUGACGCGGCUGGAGCAACUGCGCUGAAGGGCAAGAAGAAGGGGAAGGCAGCCACUGAGCAGGUCAUGCCCACUUCUAUCCACCGCGCGCUCAAACGGGAAGGUGAAAAUGGCACAACGCCCAAUUUGAGGCAAAAUUUGAGGCAAAAUUUGAAACCCAAUUCGAAGCAGCCGAAGAAGGCGCUGACCACCUCGCUCUACAUCAGACUGUACACGCGGCUGAAGGACCUCCUGGGGCCCAACUGCGGGUGGGCGCAAACCAUCCUGUUCGCGUCCGAGUUGAAGAAGUUUAGCCACCUGUUUGAGUAG